CGGAGGUGAUGGGGGUGGAGGGUGCCCAGCCGUGACACAGCAGCACGGCCGCCGCCAGCCGGCCAUCAGUCUGUCCGUCAAUCCACUGUUGCGGAGCUGCUGCGCAGAGGCCGAGGGUGGACCGAGCAGGACUGUGGCCGCAGCUUGCGGGCUCCGGCUCCUCCCUCCUACCUCCUCCAUCCUCUCUCCUCCCUCCUGCCAUCACCGCCGCAGCCGUCGCUGCCUGAGCUCAUCGCAGAGGCCCGGGUCCUUAGCCUCAGCUGCUGCAGCGCCAGGAAGUCACAAUGUCUGACAAAAGUGACUUAAAAGCUGAGCUGGAACGAAAGAAGCAGCGGUUAGCCCAGAUCAGGGAGGAGAAGAAACGGAAGGAAGAGGAACGGAAAAAGAAAGAGGCUGACCUGCAGCAGAAGAAGGAGCCGGCUCAGGAAGACUCGGACUUGGACCGUAAGCGGAGGGAGACGGAAGCGCUGCUUCAGAGCAUCGGCAUCUCUCCGGAGCCGCCGCUAGUGCAGUCGCUGCAUUUUGUAACAUGGGAUACCUGUUAUUUUCAUUAUUUAGUCCCAACCCCUAUGUCUCCCUCCUCGAAAUCAGCGAGCACACCUAGCGAGGCCGGCAGCCAAGAUUCUGGAGACCUGGGACCACUGACCAGCUGCCUUAGGACCCUGCAAUGGGACACUGACCCCUCAGUGCUGCAGCUCCAGACAGACUCAGACAUUGGGCGGAGACUGCAUAAACUCGGCGUGUCAAAGGUGACUCAAGUGGACUUCUUGCCCAGGGAAGUUGUAUCCUAUUGUAAGGAGACACAGACUCCACUGGACACACACCAGUCAGAAGAGGAUGAGGAAGACGAGGAAAUGGUGGAGGCCAAGGUUCGGCACGACUCAGACCUAGAGUGUCCAGAUGAGAAGCAGGAGGUGAAGGAAGCCCCUCCCAGGGAGCUGACGGAGGAAGAAAAGCAGCAGAUCCUCCACUCGGAGGAGUUCCUCAUCUUCUUUGACCGGACCAUCCGGGUCAUCGAGCGCGCCUUGGCCGAGGACUCCGACAUCUUCUUCGACUACAGCGGCCGGGAGCUGGAGGAGAAGGACGGGGAUGUCCAAGCUGGGGCAAACCUUUCCUUUAAUCGCCAGUUCUAUGAUGAACAUUGGUCAAAGCACCGGGUGGUCACCUGUAUGGACUGGUCUCUCCAGUACCCAGAGCUGAUGGUGGCAUCUUACAACAGCAAUGAGGAUGCGCCCCACGAGCCUGACGGAGUGGCCUUGGUCUGGAACAUGAAAUUCAAGAAGACCACCCCUGAGUACGUCUUCCACUGCCAGUCCUCAGUGAUGUCUGUCUGUCUGGCGCGCUUCCAUCCCAACCUGGUGGUGGGCGGCACCUACUCAGGCCAGAUCGUCCUCUGGGAUAACCGCAGUCACCGGGGGACGCCAGUGCAGCGGACGCCCUUGUCUGCAGCUGCGCACACGCACCCCGUCUACUGUGUCAAUGUGGUGGGCACCCAGAAUGCUCACAACCUCAUCACCGUUUCCACCGAUGGCAAGCUGUGCUCCUGGAGCCUGGACAUGCUCUCCACACCGCAGGAGAGCAUGGAGCUGGUGCACAACAAAUCGAAGCCUGUGGCUGUCACUGGGAUGGCUUUCCCCACAGGAGACGUCAACAACUUCGUGGUGGGCAGCGAGGAGGGGACGAUCUACACAGCCUGCCGCCACGGAAGCAAGGCUGGCAUUGGGGAGGUCUUCGAAGGACACCAAGGACCGGUGACCGGAAUCAACUGCCACAUGGCUGUGGGCCCCAUCGACUUUUCCCACCUCUUCGUCACCUCGUCGUUCGACUGGACAGUCAAGCUGUGGAGCACUAAGCACAACCGGGCUCUCUACUCCUUUGAGGACAACGCCGACUAUGUCUACGACGUCAUGUGGUCCCCCGCGCACCCAGCGCUCUUCGCCUGCGUGGACGGCAUGGGCCGCCUGGAUCUGUGGGACCUCAAUAGCGACACUGAGGUCCCAACGGCUAGUGUAGCCGUGGAGGGGGCCUCUGCCCUCAACCGUGUCCGCUGGGCCCACACUGGCAAGGAAGUGGCCGUGGGGGAUUCCGAAGGCCGCAUCUGGAUCUAUGACGUUGGAGAGCUUGCUGUUCCUCACAAUGAUGAGUGGACCCGGCUUGCUCGGACACUCGUGGAGAUCCGCGCCAACAGAGCCGACAGUGAGGAGGAAGGGGCCGCGGAGCUGGCUGCCUAGAGACGAGCUGGCCGGGCUGGCUCGCGGGCGCACGCCCAUUCUCCCGCAGGGCAGGGUGUCUGCCAGUGGGGAGUGCCCCGUGUUCUCCGUGGAUAUGGUGUUUCUGUGGCUUGCUUCGCGUGCUCCCUGCAUUCAUUAAAGCAUCCGCCCAUCCCCGCUGCCCGUGAGCCUAUAAACAGCCAGAGCGUUCCUAGACUUUAUAUUUAUGUCUCCAAAGUAAAAAGCGGGGAAAGGGGAAACCAAACCUUUAUGGAUUUCGUUGUUGCCUUUUAACUACUUCGUAGCUGUGUUUAAUAGCCAGGAGCCCCGGCCCAGUCGGCGACCCGGGAAGCCGGGUGGGAAGGAUCGCGUGCGGCUGAGGCGCUGCGCCCGCCGGGGGCUAGGUCCUCGGGGACGCCUUAGGAAUGUGCUUUCUGCCCCUCGCUGCUCCUUAUUUAUUGCGGGUGGGGGUUGGGGUGGGGGGCGGGUGGGGAGUAUGUGCGUGAACACUCCAGCGCUGUAUGGAUCGUAGCUGCUGGGAGGCAUCAAAAUAAACGACCUACAAACAUGGGCGUAAUGAGCCCCCCUCCCCGUCGCCCUGCCUCGGCAGCAGAGUUCCUCCAGCUCUGACUCCUUAUUAGGGCGGGCCAGGUGCGCUGAAAACGCCCAGCGGAGCGAGGAGGCCUGGAGGGAUCGGAGGAGGCGAAGGCCCAUUAUCCUCGAGUUCCUCACCAAUAUUUCAAGGCUAUCUGGGUCGUGGAUGUCGUUUAAGCUAGCAGAGCCUGGCAAAAGUUUGUGGUUCCUGAAUGUGACCCCAGAAUCGCCAAUAAAAUAAUCAAAACCAU